GGCCGAAGUUGGGAGGCCGCGGGAGUCGAGGUGACACAAGCCCAGGCGGUCCCGUCCCUGAAAGGAUUCUCUGUCUUCUCAGGGCCUGAAGAUGAGCAAGGCCGUAACGACCUCAACGUACGUGCGCUGCCUUCGCUACGGCCUGAUGAGGCAGCUGGCAGAUUUCAUUGAUCCGCAAGAAGGAUGGAAGAAGUUGGCAGUAGAUAUAACCAACCCUUCUGGCGAAAGCAGAUACAACCAAAUGCAUAUAAGGAGAUUUGAGGCAUUUGUACAAAUGGGAAAGAGCCCUACCUGUGAAUUACUCUAUGACUGGGGAACAACAAACUGUACGGUUGGUGAUCUUGUGGACCUGCUGAUUAGGAAUCAGUUUUUAGCACCAGCAAGCCUUUUGCUUCCAGAAGCUGUAAGGAUGGCAGAAGAAGUUACAUUACCUCUUUCUUCACAAGAAACCUUCCCUAUACAUGAGAAACAACUGCCUGUACAGGAAAAACAAGUGGCAUAUGUAACGCCAGUUUUAGCUCAGGAUACUGAGAAGCAACCUUCAGCUCCUUCCUACUUAAGUCAAGAGAAUAGCAGCUUAUGGUUUAGUAACACAGAUCUCCACAAUUUUUGGUUUCAUGACUUGGAAAGCGUUACCAAUAAUUUUGAUACACGACCAGAAUCAGCUGGAGGUAAUAAACUGGGAGAAGGUGGCUUUGGAGUUGUGUUCAAAGGCUACAUCAAUGGCAGAAACGUGGCUGUCAAGAAACUUGCUGCUAUGGUUGAUGUUAGUGUUCAAGAUUUGAAACAGCAAUUUGAUCAAGAAAUAAAAAUGAUGGCAAAGUGUCAGCAUGAGAAUCUGGUAGAAUUGCUGGGUUUCUCAAGUGAUGGUGCUCAGCCAUGUCUGGUUUACGAAUACAUGCCCAAUGGUUCAUUGCUGGACAGACUGGCUUGUCUGGAUGGCACUCCACCAAUUCCUUGGAAUACAAGAUGUAAAAUUGCUCAAGGUACAGCAAAUGGCAUCAACUUUUUACAUGAAAAUAAUCAUAUCCACCGAGAUAUUAAAAGUGCAAAUAUCUUGUUAACUGAUACUUACUUGCCCAAAAUUUCUGACUUUGGACUUGCAAGAGCAUCCGUAACAUUCACACGAACCAUCAUGACUGACAGAAUUGUUGGAACUGCAGCCUAUAUGGCACCUGAAGCUCUGCGGGGAGAAAUAACGCCCAAGUCUGAUAUCUUCAGUUUUGGAGUAGUUUUACUAGAAAUAAUAACAGGUCUUCCACCAGUAGAUGAAAAACGGGACCCGCAGUUACUGUUAAGUAUCAAAGAUGAAAUAGAAGAUGAGGAAGCAACUAUUGAGGAUUAUGUUGAUGAAAAGAUGAGUGACUGGGAUGCUACUUCAGUUGAAAAAGUGUAUUCAAUUGCUAAUCAGUGUCUGAACGAAAAAAAGAAUAGGCGGCCAGACAUUAAGACGGUCCAGCAGCAUCUACAGGAGGUAACAACUUGAAGUGUUUCUUCUGGUAUGGUCUGUCGCCGUUGUGCUGUUUUUAUUAGCAGAUUACCUUUUCACAUAUCCUUGGCCAGUGGGUCCUCAGUAUGAGAAAACUGAGAGCCUUUUUUUGGAUUAACAAAUUGUGUUCCUGGUAUAUCUUCUCCACAGCUUUUUAAAUGCAUUUCUAUAUUAGAAUUUGUCUUUAGAUCUCCAAGUAUCAAGUUUGUCUUCUGCAAAGGCAUGACAAUAAGAAGCUUUUCUUCAGAUCAGUUUCUUGUGCAGAUGGACUAGACCUUUUCUUACAAGAGACAAAUACAUUUAAUUGAUGUAAAUGGUACGUUCUUUUUUUGUGAGAAGACAGUAGUAGUACUCAUUUAAAACAAACUUUAAAAUUUUAACUUGCGAAUCAAAAUUAAUAUGGAUGUAUAAUAUUUGUGAAUGUGACAACUGUUUGGAUUCAGACUUUAUUUUUUAAAAAGUCUUUGCAAGAUUUGUUUUAUUCAGAUUGUUGCUGCUGCAAAACACUGUUUUAGGUUCUUUGGUUCAGAUGUUUUCCUGUCUAACAUGCUGUAGGUAACCCUGCUUUAGCAGGAGCAUUGGACUAGAUGAUCUCCAGACAUCCCUUCCAAUCUCAACCAUUCUACAAUUCUGUGACAUAAGCAAAAUAAUUAUAUUGCAAUGCAAAUACAAAACUAGAUAUGGUUUGCUUCCAGUGUACCAUGUAUGAUGAUAAACCUUUUAAUGUUUGUUCAUAAACUCACUUGUUUAGGAGGAAGACUUAAUUACUUCCAAUAUUCUUUUUAUACUUUAGUGGAUUUCAUAUAGUAUAUUAUAAAUACAGAUAGCUUAUGUUACAAGGGCCAGUAUAAUAUUGUUAAGUGCUUAUCUUACCAAAAAAAAAAAAAAAAGGAAAAAAAACACUUUACAAAAAUAGCAUUCUCAUACCUACUUAGUCCAAAGUAUUUGGAACCUUAUUUUUCAAAGAUAGAUGUUAAUUUCAUGGAAGACUUUUUUUUGCAUUUCAGGAUUUUUUUUUUUUUUUUGGCAGGUUGGGGUGGGAAGAUAAUCUUGUUUGAAACCCAUGAUUAUCAAAGAACAAAAGAAACUGAAAAAUGAGACUUGAUAUGACUGCAUUCAGGGAUGUAUACAUUUUUGUAGAAAGCAUGUGAUUUCUAACACUUGCAUUUAUAACUUUAGAACUCUACCUGACCAUUAACUCAUUCUGUAUUGCCUUUUAAAAUGAUAGAAGAAUCUAAGAAAUGUAUCCACUUGUACAACUUCAGUUUUAUAGAGCACAAAUUUGGAAAAGCUGUUAACACAAAACCUGGCAUUAUUGCUGCCGAUGUUUAUUUUUUGCUAAUAAAACUUAGGCAUUGGGAACAGUC